AUGGCCAACAAGAAUAACAAGAAGGAAAAGACAAUUGUUGAAAAGGUAGAAGAACAAGUUGUGGAUGAUGCUUCCAGUUCUUCUUCGGAAGAGGAAAUUCCACAAGAAGAAAUUGAUGAAAAACAAAUUAUUGACAAGGUUGAAUCUACACUCGAAGAUGAUCCAUUGAACAGAAUCAAAAAAUCAAAUGAUGAAGAUUUGGAUGAUAAAGAUAAAUUCUUGAAGAGUUUCCUCUUUAAACAAGGAUGGAUUUUUGAUUACGAAAAGAAUGGUGAUAGAUAUAAACAACAAGCUCAUGAUUUGGACAAGGGAGAUAUGUUGGAUGAUCAAUUUAAUGAGUUAGAUAUUGAAUCUCAAAGAAUUAAUUUAGAAAAUUCAAAGAUUGGUACUAAUCUUCCAGAAAAACAAGUUGAAGAAGAUAAUGAAGAAGAGGAAGAAGAGGAAGAAGAACCAAAAGAAUCAGAAGAAAUCAAAAAUAUUGAACCCACCUCCACUUCUACACCAUCAGAAAAAACUGAAAAAUCUGACAGUGAAUCCGAAAAUAGUGAAUCUGAUGAUGCUUCAAGUGAUUCAGAUGAAGAUUCUGACAGUUCUGAUGAUAAAAAAGAACACAAAUCAGAACGUGAAAGAAAGGAUUCUAAAAAGAAGAGAAAGAGAAAAGCCAAGAAUGAAAAGAUUAAAGAACAAAUCGAGUCUGUAAAGAAGGAAUAUAACGAAAAGGCUGAAAAGAUUAAAAAGGAAAUUUUGGAACUCGUCUUUAAAUUAAAGGAUUUGAUUAAGGGUGAUGGAUCAAUUGUAGAUAAAUUAAAAAUCUCAAAGAAUGAUGAUGUCGAUCAAGUUUGGGAAUUAGUUGAAAAGAAAAAAGUUAUUGAAGAAUUUGCCAAGUCAGAAGCAGAAGAGGACGACGAUGAUUUUAUGGAAGAUGAUGAAGGAGAUGCUAAUUUGGAUAGUCCAAUCAAAAUUAAGAGAAAGAUUAAUAGACUCUUUGAAAAUUACUAUGAUUCAUUCUUUGAGGAUGUAAAUGCAGCAACUGGUGACACUUACAAAUUUAAAUACAAGAAUGUUGACAAGACUUCUUGCGGAUUAUCAGUUGAUGAUAUUCUCAAUUUGGAAGAUGAUGAUUUGGAUAAAAUUGUACCAAUCAAACAUUUGGUAAGAUACGAUUACAAGGAACCAGAUAACAAGAUUAAAAAGGAUAUCCACUUCAAGUUGAAAGAAAUUAAGACUGAAAAGGGAUUGUUAAAAAAGAAAGAUGAAAGAGCGCUCAGAUUCAAGACUGGCAGCUUUACAGGAAGUGGUAUCAAGGAUAAGAAGAAGAAUAAUAAUCAAAAAGAUGAAACUGAAAAGAAAAAUCCAAAGAGUAACAACAACAGACAAAACAAGAAGGAUAGAAAUGAAGGUGAUUCCUCUGAGCAAACUAGGCAACACAACAACAAGCACGAAAAGAAGCCUCGACAAGAUAAGAAGAGAAAGCAACAAGAAACCUCUACUACACCUUCUGAAACCAAGGACUCAACCAAGCAACCAAUGUUGAAGAAAAAGAAGGUUGACAUUUCCAAAUUCGCUGAUAAAGAUAGCUACAGUCAGGAGAAGGAUUAUGUACCAAUGAAGAAUACUAAUGUUCCAAAGAAACCAAAGCAACAACCAAUAGUGGAGAAGCCUGUAGUGGUGCCAAUAAGUGAAGCAACUACUACUUCAGAGCAAAACCCAGACAUGAAAAAGAAGAGAAAGAGAGGUAAGGGUGGUAAAAAGAAGGGUAAUACAAAUGCUGUUGAAACCUCAGAGGAAUAA